GGCUAAGCUCUGCACCCGCAGAGGUGAGAGACAAGCUCUCAGGUACUCCCUGAGGGACCGUCCCGCGACUCAGGAGCCACCGCUGUUGGGCCAAGGGCUCCGGAGAGCAGGAACCCACGCAGGCCAGUCUCUGAGUGGCGUCUGCGGAACGAAUGAGUGAAUGAAUGAAUGCGCCUUGUGCCUCGGAACCGGCCAGGACGCCUAUCGCCAGGGGCAGAGGGCUCAAGAUCACGGAGCAGGAAAGACCAAGCUGUACGCAGAGCCGACCAGAGCCCUCUCCAGCCAGGUCCUGCGCCUCAGUCCGAGCAUCAGGAGGCCCAUUUUCCAGGUGGACAUGAGCUGACGCCUCCAGAGGUCCUGCUGGUGCUGCCAUUGAGUGGUGCCUCGCAUGCCCAGGGGCCUAGGAGGAGGCACGGGCACCCCGGUUUUACAGGCUGAGCGGUGCUGACAGCUCCAGGGCCAGCAUGGCAGAUCCUGAUGACAGUCCCCGAGUGGGGCCUGGGGAGCUAGCGGAGCCCCCCGGGGAUGAGAGUGGCACUUCUGGCGGGGAAGCCUUCCCUCUCUCCUCGCUGGCCAGUCUGUUUGAGGGGGACGAGGGCUCCUCUUUGCCCUCACCAGCUGAUGCCGGUCGCCCCGCCGGCCAGGGCGAUGGGCGACCCAACCUGCGCAUGAAGUUCCAGGGUGCCUUCCGCAAGGGGGUGCCCAACCCCAUCGACCUGCUGGAGUCCACCCUGUAUGAGUCCUCGGUGGUGCCUGGGCCCAAGAAAGCACCCAUGGACUCGCUCUUUGACUACGGCACCUACCGUCACCAUCCCAGUGACAACAAGCGGUGGAGAAGGAAAGUCAUGGAGAAGCAGCCACAGAGCCCCAAAGCUCCCGCACCCCAGCCGCCCCCCGUCCUUAAAGUCUUCAACCGGCCCAUCCUCUUUGACGUCGUGUCCCGGGGCUCCACUGCCGACCUGGACGGGCUGCUCCCCUUCUUGCUGACCCACAAGAAACGCCUGACUGACGAGGAGUUCCGGGAGCCGUCCACGGGGAAGACCUGCCUGCCCAAGGCCCUGCUGAACCUGAGCAAUGGUCGCAACGAUACCAUCCCUGUGCUCCUGGACAUCGCUGAGCGCACAGGCAACAUGCGAGAGUUCAUCAACUCACCCUUCCGAGACAUCUACUACCGAGGCCAGACCGCCCUGCACAUCGCCAUCGAGCGCCGCUGCAAACACUACGUGGAGCUCCUGGUGGCCCAGGGGGCCGACGUGCACGCCCAGGCCCGCGGCCGAUUCUUCCAGCCCAAGGACGAGGGUGGCUACUUCUACUUUGGGGAGCUGCCGCUGUCGCUGGCCGCCUGCACCAACCAGCCGCACAUCGUCAACUACCUGACCGAGAACCCGCACAAGAAGGCCGACAUGCGGCGCCAGGACUCGCGCGGCAACACGGUGCUGCACGCGCUGGUGGCCAUCGCCGACAACACCCGCGAGAACACCAAGUUCGUCACCAAGAUGUACGACUUACUGCUGCUCAAGUGCGCGCGCCUCUUCCCCGACAGCAACCUGGAGGCCAUGCUCAACAACGACGGCCUCUCGCCGCUCAUGAUGGCAGCCAAGACCGGCAAGAUUGGGAUCUUUCAGCACAUCAUCCGGCGGGAGGUGACUGAUGAGGACACACGACACCUGUCCCGCAAGUUCAAGGACUGGGCCUAUGGCCCCGUGUAUUCCUCGCUCUAUGACCUCUCCUCCCUGGACACGUGUGGGGAAGAGGCCUCUGUGCUAGAGAUCCUGGUGUACAAUAGCAAGAUCGAGAACCGCCACGAGAUGCUGGCUGUGGAGCCUAUCAAUGAGCUGCUGCGAGACAAGUGGCGGAAGUUCGGGGCGGUCUCCUUCUACAUCAACGUGGUGUCCUACCUGUGUGCCAUGGUCAUCUUCACACUCACUGCCUACUACCAGCCGCUGGAGGGCACUGAUCCAGAUGUUUGGGGCACUGGGGAACAUCUUGAUCCGAGGCCAGAUGCUGGAGGGGCAGAUGAGGACCUUGUGCCCACCCUGCAGCCACCCUACCCUUACCGCACCACGGUGGACUACCUGCGGCUGGCCGGCGAGGUCAUCACGCUCUUCACGGGCGUGCUGUUCUUCUUCACCAACAUCAAAGACUUGUUCAUGAAGAAAUGUCCCGGCGUGAACUCUCUCUUCAUCGACGGCUCCUUCCAGCUGCUCUACUUUAUCUACUCCGUGCUGGUGAUCGUCUCUGCGGGCCUCUACCUGGCUGGGAUCGAGGCCUACCUGGCCGUGAUGGUCUUCGCCCUGGUCCUGGGCUGGAUGAACGCCCUCUACUUCACUCGAGGGCUGAAACUGACUGGGACCUACAGCAUCAUGAUCCAGAAGAUCCUGUUCAAAGACCUCUUCCGCUUCCUGCUCGUCUACUUGCUCUUCAUGAUCGGCUACGCUUCAGCCCUGGUCUCCCUCCUGAACCCGUGUGCCAACAUGAAGGUGUGUAAUGAGGAUCAGACCAACUGCACGGUGCCCACGUACCCCUCGUGCCGUGACAGCGACACCUUCAGCACCUUCCUGCUGGACCUCUUCAAGCUGACCAUCGGCAUGGGCGACCUGGAGAUGCUGAGCAGCACCAAGUACCCUGUGGUCUUCAUCACCUUGCUUGUCACCUACAUCAUCCUCACCUUCGUGCUCCUGCUCAACAUGCUCAUCGCCCUCAUGGGGGAGACAGUGGGCCAGGUCUCCAAGGAGAGCAAGCACAUCUGGAAGCUGCAGUGGGCCACCACCAUCCUGGACAUGGAGCGCUCCUUCCCCGUGUUCCUGAGGAGGGCCUUCCGCUCUGGGGAGAUGGUGACUGUGGGCAAGAGCUCGGACGGCACCCCGGAUCGCAGGUGGUGCUUCAGGGUGGAUGAGGUGAACUGGUCUCACUGGAACCAGAACCUGGGCAUCAUCAAUGAAGACCCCGGCAAGAGCGACACCUACCAGUACUACGGCUUUUCACACACCGUGGGCCGCCUCCGGAGGGAUCGCUGGUCCUCCGUGGUGCCCCGCGUGGUGGAGCUGAACAAAACCUCCAGCCCGGAUGAGGUGGUGGUGCCUCUGGACAACCUGGGGAACCCCAGCUGCGACGGCCACCAGCAGAGUUACCCCCCGAAGUGGAGGACUGACGACGCCCCCCUCUAGGGCUGCAGAAGGCCCUGGCCCUCACACCUGCACAUUUUUAGUCCACUUGCUGCUCCAGCGGCGUAUCCCAGUGUCCCCCGUACCUGUGACCCCCAGAGGCGAGAGCCCACGGAGAUGCUGGGGAGCCCCCAGGACCCUCUGGCCCCUAGGCUCCCACCCCAGCUCUCCCGGGAUGGGCUCCGGGCUGCCUGUCUCACUCCCAUGGAGUCACCUGAGCACCGCAGGCCUCUGCCCGGAGCCUGCCCUGCCUUUUCCAUUAUUUAUUGCUCUGCUCUCAGGAAAGCAUGAGCAGCCCCACCUGGGACCAGAAAGCGUCCUCGAUGCCUUGCUGCGGGCCCUGCACACACCAGCACCGAUGAGGUGGCUUCGCCGGGCACCUGGCCUGGGGCUGGGCCGCACUUUCUGGGUGUCCUGUAGUGCCUGCCCUGUGUCGGUGCUCAAUAAAUGGUCACUCGUCAGUGGUGGAGCUGGAGGGGGGCGAGGGUGAUGGUGACAGACGGUGUCCGGGUGCUAGAAUCGCUGGUGGGGAAGGGCAAGGGGGCCAGUGAGGGCACAGUGCUCACGGGUGGCCUUUAGGGUGCUGAGGGUGGGGGCCUCGGGAUGGGCCGAGGCUGCAGUGGCCCCCGGGAAGGUAAAGACUGAGGGAAUGGGAGGGGUGUUGCUGGUGAGGAGUAAAACCGUUCUUGGGGGACAGUAAUGCCACCUCCUGCUGCAGCCCCUCAGCCCUGCCCGGAAGCUUGCCGGGAAGAGCUGGUCACAGGUGCUGUUCUGCGAGGUGAUACUGUACCUUUCUGGGACCGCAGCCUCCCCUGUGAGGGGUGAAGGUGGAUGACAGCAAGGAACUGAUUUCAGCAGGAA